AUGUUAAAAUUCAUUAGAGGCAAGGCUCAGCAGCCUUCUGCUGAUAGGCAAAAAUUGCAAAAAGAACUUUUUGCAUUUCGAAAGACUGUACAUCACGGUUUUCCAAAUAAACCGACAGCAUUGGCUUGGGACCCAGAGCUUAAAUUACUCGCAAUAUCUACAACAAAUGGAACUCUCAAAGUUAUUGGAAAACCUGGGGUUGAAUUUUACGGUCAACAUCACGCGGAUGGAACCGUUAUAAAAAUACUUUUUGUACCGAAUCAGGGUCGAUUGAUAACUUUAUGCGAUAACAAUUCGUUGCAUUUGUGGGAGAUAAACGAUGGAUGUCUCGCCGAAGUUAAAUCUCAGGUUUUCGAGGGAAAACUUAAAAAGAUAUCCGCCAUGUGCAUUGAUUCAUCAAAAGAGUUAUUACUUUUGGGAACGGAAGGAGGAAACGUUUACUUUUUGAAUUUAAAAACUUUUCAAAUGUUGGAUUCAAUUAUUUACGUUGAUAUUGUUAUGCAAAAUUUGCCUUCUUCUUAUAAAAUAACAAAUCCUGGAGCCGUGGAAGCAAUCGCAGAACAACCCGGAAAUCCGAAUCACAUUUUAAUAGGUUACACAAGAGGCCUCAUCGUUUUAUGGGAUAAUUCAAAUCCGUCUAAUAAAAAAAUUUUUAUGAAUCCGCAACAGUUGGAAUGUCUCUGUUGGUUUUCCAACGGAACGAAAUUUGCUAGCUCGCACAACGAUGGCAGUUACGCAUUUUGGGAUGUUGAAUCCGAAGAUAAACCCGUUGAAGAGCCCACAACUUUGUACGGACCGUUCCCGUGUAAACCCAUAACGAAAUUAUUAUGGGUUGAAACGGAAAGAGAAGAUCUUAUUAUAUUUUCGGGUGGCAUGCCUCGAGCUAGUUACAGUGAAAAGUAUACGGUUACGGUUUACGGAAGUAAUGGUAAAACUCACGCAGUAUUAGAUUUCACAUCAAAAGUUAUUGACUUUAUAUACUUGGAGAGCGAAACGACAAGUGAGCCAGGGAUAUUAUUGGUUUUGGCGGAAGAAGAAUUAAUUGCUGUCGAUCUUAAUAACGAAGACAUGAAAAUGAUAUUAUUACCAUAUUUAGCAUCACUUCACGCCAGUGCGGUUACUUGCUCUUAUCACGUUUCAAAUGUGCCUAAACAGUUACAUGAAUCUUUGAAAGAAGCUGGUUUGCGUCAAAUGCAAGAUUUUUAUAGCGAUAGAAAAUGGCCCACAUUAGGUGGAAGAGUAUUACAAGAAGUGGAGGAAUCUGAUACUUGCGAAUUGUUAUUAACGGGACACGAAGAUGGAACUGUUAGAUUUUGGGAUUGUACCGGCGUUGCGUUUGCGUCUUUGUACAAGUUUUCAAGUGCUCCAUUAUUCACAAGUGAUCUUCCAGUUUCGCCUAACGAAGAAGAAGACGAAUGGCCACCAUUCAAAAAAAUCGGAACGUUCGAUCCAUAUUCCGACGAUCCGCGUUUGGCUGUGAAAAAAGUUUGGCUUUGUCCAAAAUCUGGGACCUUAGUUGUAGCCGGUACCGCAGGUCAUGUCAUCGUUGCUACUUUUGGUGAAGAAGUAUCGGUCGAUUCUCAAAUUCCCGUUAGAACUGUAAACAUUGUUUCUGACCGAGACAAUUUCGUAUGGAAAGGUUACGAGGCAUUGACGUUAACCAAACAACCUCCAACGGAUUCAUCGAGUUUGCAAGUUUCUUCCAUUUUGCAAUUGCAUCCACCAGCAUCCGUAACGGCAUUGUGCUGUUCCACUGAAUUGGGUUUAAUUGCUGUCGGUACCGCUCACGGUUUGGCACUCUAUGAUUAUAUAAGAAUGCAGCCGGUCGUGACGAAAUGCACAUUAAAUUCGAAUGACUUAUCGAGUGCAGGCGAGGGACCCAUUUCACGACGAAAGUCAUUAAAAAAAUCAUUGCGAGAAUCUUUCCGUCGUUUGAGAAGGGGACGCACAACAAAAGGCAGUAGUAGCGAAGAAAAAAGAGGUCAUGCAUCACCCAUUAAAGGACACACAAUUGGGAGUCCGAUUGAAACGCGUCCUGUCGAAAGACAAAUCGAAGCCAGACCCGUGGACGAUUCGAUGGGUGGUACCGUACGAUGCGUACAUUUAGCGAAUACAUUCCUGAUUUCAAUGCAAAAUAUCAGUCCGACAUUUUGGGCUGGCACCAAUAAUGGAACCGUGUAUGCCUUUACGAUAUCGAUGCCGCCUCGUCAGAAGAGAAGAGAAGAAAACGUUCAUAGUCAGUUAGGAAAAGAAAUACAGUUAAAACAUAGAGCGCCAGUUCUUUCAGUCACAGUAAUUGAUUCCAAUAACGUGCCUCUAAACAAAGACAGUGUCGUGCCGCACAGGGUAUUAAUUUGCAGCGAAGAACAAUUUAAGGUAUUCACAUUGCCGGGAUUGAAACCCAUGGGAAAAUUAAAAUUGACUGCACACGAAGGUUGCCGAGUUAGAAAAACAAAUUUUGCAAAAUUUUCGACCGGGGAUAAACGCACUUCGGAAACUUGUUUGGUAUGUUUAACAAAUUUAGGAGACUGCCUCGUUUUAAACGUGCCUGAAUUCAGAAGACAAUUGAAUGCCGCAGUUGUUCCACCCGAAGAUGUCCACGGCAUAUACAGUCUAACGUUUACUUCCCAUGGCGAAGCAUUUUAUCUUCAUUCGUCGAGCGAAUAUCAAAGAAUAUCAUUAAGCACAUCAAAAGUGACGCCAUUGGCAUGCAAGUUAGAUUUGCCUGAAUCCGUAAGAGAGAAAGAAGAAUCGGACGAAGUCGCCGAAGACGAAACGUCAGAAAACGAAGAAGAUGUAAAAGAUGUAAAAGAAGAAGAAGACGGCGAAGGAGAAGGAAAGGAUAAUGAUGAUGAGGAUAACGAUAAAGAAAUGAAAAACGGAUUCGAUGGCGGCGAAACGAAAGGAGAAAAAAAUGUCGACGAUGACGUGCCUUUGGCGAACGGAUCUCUUUUGGGAAAAUUAAAACCCGUCGAAAAUGGUGUGGACGAAAACAAAUUGGAUUUUAGCAUCGGCGACAUAACGGUCGAUUCCGUUAAAGAACACAUUACGAACAUUAAUCAUACGAGCGAAGACAAUUCGGAGCAAGAGGAAGUCAAAAGUAGUUCGGUCGUUAUAAAAUCCACGACGACGACGACGAUAACGGAAACGAACGUCACGUUGCCCGCCUAA